AUGAUACAUCCUGAUGGAAGGUUUUCCGUUCGAGGCGAUGCUGAAUAUGUUCGGGAGGCAAGCACAAAAAGUUUAAAGCGUUUAGGCCUUGACUUAAUUGAUUUGUACUAUGCACAUCGAAUUGAUAGAACGGUACCCAUCGAAGAGACAAUGGGUGUGCUGAAAGAACUUGUCCAAGCCGGAAAAAUCAAAUACAUCGGUUUAUCCGAAUGCUCAAGUGAUACGCUGCGACGAGCGUAUGCUGUUCAUCCGAUUGCAGCUGUACAAAUUGAGUAUUCACCAUUCAGUCUGGACAUAGAACAUGAAGAUAUUGGUCUUCUGAAAACUUGUCGCGAGCUCGGCGUGGCGAUCGUGUGUUAUUCACCGCUGGGCCGUGGAAUGAUCGGUGGACAAAUCAAAAGUCCUGAUGAUCUCGAAGACAACGAUUUUCGAAAGCGAUUACCACGCUUUUCAAAAGAAAAUUUUCCUAAAAAUCUUCAUUUAGUCGAUGGAUUGAUGUCAAUAGCCAAAAAGAAAGGUUGCACCGUUACUCAACUGAUACUAGCUUGGAUUCUUGCUCAAGGCAAUGACUUCAUUCCUAUUCCGGGAACAACUAAAAUAAAAAAUUUGGAGGAGAACAUCGAUGCGACACAUAUUCAAUUGACUGAUGAAGAAAUCAACGUCAUUCGAAAAGUCUGUGAGAAAGCUGACGUGGCCGGCGAACGUUAUCCAAAAGAACUCUCGGCCUCUUUAUUUGCCAAUUCAGCACCAAAAUAA